AUGCCCACGCGCGUUGUUUGUCUGUCUUCUUUACUCCUCCGCCCCCAUUUUUUGGCUUCAAUGGCUUCGAAACUGCUUCCUUCACGCCGCACGGGCUUUAUGCUCGUUGCAGGAUGUCUAAUGUUUUCUGCCUUGGCGGCUGCAAGUGCACGUCCCGGAGAUUUAUCUGUUAGCGAGAUUGAGGAGCAAUUGCAGAACUGCCCUCUUGUUGAGUCGCUCAAUGAGCAUAAACGAGCCACUGCACCUCAAACUGCGAGCCUCCUUUCGAAGAUCUUCGCCGUUCUUUUCCCAGGGAGCCCAGCCGUGAACUCCCUCCUUGCGACGCUAUAUAUCUCUGGCCCUCCGAACUUCCUCUUGGCACUAUGUCCUCCCAACAUCGACCCCUCCUCCCUGUCGAUCAUGGUUGCUUUUGCUGUGGGUGGUCUUCUGGGUGACACGCUGUUCCACCUGCUUCCCGAGAUCUUUCUCGGCGAAGACUCCCCAGACCAUGUUAGCUUCGUCAUGGUUGAGCCGAACAAGAACCUCCUGCUCGGUCUCGGUAUCAUGGUUGGCUUCUUUACAUUCGUGGCUAUGGACAAGGCUCUCCGCAUUGCAACUGGCGGCGAAGGCGGCCACGAUCACUCCCAUGGUCACUCGCAUGUAGAUGAUAGUGCAGCUACUACAAGCUCCGAUGUCAACACUAAGUCUAGUGGUGAGCUGAAGCAGCGCAAGUCGACCAAGUCAGAGCAGUCUUCGACGGACACGAAGCCCGAGAAGGAAAUUAACCCUAGUGUCAAGCUGGGCGGAUACUUGAACCUCAUUGCGGACUUCACCCACAACAUCACCGACGGUCUCGCUCUCUCCUCGUCAUUCUACGCAUCGCCGACCAUCGGCGCUACCACGACUGUUGCAGUCUUCUUCCACGAGAUCCCCCACGAAGUUGGCGACUUCGCUUUGCUCGUGCAGUCUGGUUUCUCCAAGCGCAAGGCCAUGGGCGCGCAGUUUGUUACUGCCGUUGGCGCUUUCCUGGGCACUCUCAUUGGUAUUGCAGUCCAGGAAUUCGGCGGCCACGGGGUUGAGCUGGAGAACUCUGCUACCUCUGGUCUCAUGGGCACCAGCCUCUCCUGGGGCGAUAUGCUUCUCCCCUUCACCGCGGGUACUUUCUUGUACGUUGGUACUGUGGCAGUUAUUCCCGAGCUAUUGGAGACUGGUAAGGAUAAGGGUGCCGAGAUCUGGAAGACCAUCACCCAGUUUUUGGCUGUUGCAGUUGGAGCUGGUAUCAUGCUUGCGUAA